AUGUCAAUUGUGUCAAAUCAGCUAUUCGACACGCAUAAGGUGCUGGUGUUCAAGAUUCCGCCAGGUGAAGUGACCCUUCCGAGAUGGGAUACAAAGGAGCAAAAUGUCGUUUGGAAAGGCAAUCUUAGGCUUAUAGAAGAAGAGGAAACCAUUGAGGACGAUAUCGAGAAGGAACCAUACGAGCUCUUGCGAUUAAAACUAGAGUUUUACAAUGCAGAUAAGGCAGAUCCCCUACUGGACAACAUUGAAGAGUUUGACAAGUCUCAAGUCUGGGCGGAGGCUUGGUUUAAUCCAUUCCGAGAACAAGGGAUCGAUUGGGCCAUUGCAAAUGACAAGGAUGACACAAUCAAGAUGACCCCAGAAUCUCCGAAAUAUUACAAAGUUGUUCUUCAGCUACCGGGCUCGGGAUACCAUCCUUUUUCAUUCAAGAUGGCUUCGAAGAAACAAUCGGUUCUUCAAAUUGCAUUGGGAUUGAAGUUUGAAGACUCGUUCAAUGCGAUGUCUUUCUCUGAAAGCCUCGGGAUCUAUCGAAGGCGAUUCAAAGCAUUUCACGAAAAGUUUCUUUAUGACCAGCAUCUUACGAGUCUACAUCACAGAAUUAUAAACGAGUUAAAUGUUAGUGACAGAGAGCUGCGAGAACAUACACCGGUUCUUGAGGACGAUGAUGAGUUCGGAAAUUUUGUGGGCUCUUCAUAUGAUUAA